CGGACUGGGAGCGGCCUGCUGUGGCGCGAGCUUCUGGGAGCUGACGACACACCACACCCAAAAGCAGGCUGGUCCAGGUUCACUGACCCGAAAGCCUCAUCUACCUAUUUAUGCAUCUACCACUUCCAUUGCAACGUACUUCAACGUAAGCCUCAGCAGGCCCUGCAGUCAAUAUUGCAUCCAACAAUCUGCUUGGCCAUCCAUAGCACGCGAUUCAACACCGACCGCGAAUCGCCCACCGACCGCAAUCAACGCUGCCCCCCUCUCAUGCCAGCCAGCCGCGCCAUAUCCCUCCUCUCCUGCACGACAGUCAUAUCCUCAAGAUGCCACACGCAGGUAUUAAAACAAUCAUCGCGCUGUCCUUCGUGCUCGCCGUAGGAUUUCUGCUUGUCAUCUUGUCCUGCGCGCUGUGGGGGGAGUAUCUGCCGCUGCUGGUUGUGGCUACUUACGUCCUGGCGCCUUUGCCCAACUUCAUCUGCAGCAAAUGCGCCAACCCAGACGACUUCGUUGAGAGCUCUGGAAAUGCCAUCCUGGAUCUGGGACGCUUCUGUACCGGUUUCUUGGUCGUCAUGGGAAUUGCACUACCCGUCCUUCUCUACCACUCCUCCUUGAUCAAUGCUGCGGCGACAGCCAUGAGCAUUAUCGGAGGGCUGCUCAUAUACGGAACUAUUAUUUCGUUUGGCAUGUUCUUCCAGGAGGACAACGAGUUCUAAGCUGGGGGGGAUUGUGGGUAUUUAGGCCGAUGGCGAGACAUAGGUAGCACUGUCUAGUUGCAAACUUUACCAGCGCACAGAGGAUGACGUUGAGUUUGGAUGGCCAGGUCAGCAUCGUGCGUCGUUGGAAUAUGUCACUUUAUACCCUAACACGAAUGGGCGCCGC